CAGCCACGGAAGAUGAAAAUAAAUAGCACUACUUAGAUUUAAAUCUAAUUGGAGUUAAUUAAAAAACGGAAUGGCGAAUAUAAUAAAUGAAAAUAUGAUAAAAGAUAAGAUAAGAUAUAAUACUGAGUAAAGAUUUGUAAGUAAAUUGACAUUAUGUUCAGCAGAAUUUGCCUGACCAGCUUUACAUGUUGAUGGUCAACUGGACUUCGGACUGUAGUGCUAUAAAACCCAUUUACAAGGAAAGAUUUGCCAAGCUGACAGUUGGAAGAUAUUCAAAUAUGGGCGUCACUCCUGACGACUCGUUUGAACAAGAGACAAAGACAGACAUCCUAAUCUUAGAUGAUCACCAGCAUAAAGAAUCCACAGACGCCAAAUCUAAAGAUAUUGAGACAAAACAUCCUUUAGAGAGAGAAACUGUAUCCAUUUGGCUUAUGGUUAUGUAUUGUACCUUGUACGUGGCUUUGGAAACAGGAAAGCAUGUUUCGACAUAUGGAGCGAAGUAUUACAAUGAUGGUGUUUACCCCAUGAGACAGACACUAAUGGUCUCUGUGACGGAAAUUAUGAAAUUAGUUGCAGUUUUAUGUAAGCUGAUAUAUGACGGUAACCACAACAAUAUGAAGUUGUCAAUCAUGUUUGCGAUCCCCUCAUUAAUAUACGCCAUCAAUAACAAUAUCUCGUACUAUGCUUUCCACUUUACUACUCCUGCCAUUUGGAAUGUUCUGUCCCAGUUCAGGAUUGUCCUCACUGCCCUUGUAUACAGAGUCAUCUUUAAACGCUCGGUCACUAAGACGCAAUGGAUGGCAAUACAUAUUCUUCUUAGUGGUAUCUUCAUAGUGGCUUUUACGUCAACUGAACCAAUAGAUCUCCAUGUGCAGGAAAGACGCUUAUUGAAUCCAUUUGUGUUUGUUUUGUCGUUCAUAUUAUGCAGUCUCUCAGUCGUAGGAUCUAUCUAUAUGGAGUACUUGUUCAAAAAUGAUCGGAGACCAUUCAUUGAACAACAGUGCCAAUUAUACAUGUUCACUGGAGCUGUAGCCACUUUAUUCUUUGCUCUCGAUUCUUCUAAGGUAGAGGCGUUACACCAAAUAAAUGGCACUGGUAGUGUGCCGCUAGCCUCACAAUUGUGCUUCAUGGCAAGCAUUAUACUGGGGACAAUACUCGGCCUGACAGUGGCAGUUAUCGUGAAGAAACUUGACAAUAUAGUAAAGAUAUACAGUCAGACAUUGGCCAAUAUAUUCACAACUAUGCUCUGUGCAUCGUUCUUUCCUAAUGAUGUUACUAUAACACCAGUGUUUAUUGUGGCACUUGGACUUAUUUUUGUUGG